UGCUCCUCUCCCCCGUAGCGGCUCCCCGGGGCCGGGGGGCUCGGCGCUCUCCGGGCGGCUGCUGGUGCGUCCCCCGGGCGUGAGCCGCGCUGCCGGGCGGGCCGGGGCCGUCGCUUGCGGACGGAGUGGCGAGGGCAGUCUAAAGGCCUUGUGGAUAGAAAUCCCCUCCUUCUACUCCUUCUGUGUAUAUGCCAAAGCAGCCUAGCCCUGUCUGCCAUUUUAUGGCUCCUGCUACCAGCUCUCCACAACAAUGCAACAGACCAGUCAUAUUGCAUACCACCACCACCACCAAUGCUAGCAAACCAUCCAGAUGGCUGUAAACCUUCAGAAAAGGGUCACAGACAAUCUAUUUAUUUUCUUAAUACACGCUUUGGAAGUAUCUGAAUGAAGUUUUGCAGUUCGAAUGCUCAGAAGGGUCUGAAGAGGAUGUGAAAAUAUACAGACAGUCUUAUUGGAUUGCCAUCUAUCUGAUAUCUGCGUGAAUAGGGAUGAAUCCAUGAAUCUGUACUAAAUGAGCAGACUCUCAGAAAAUUAGAUACAGAACAUGGUCUCGGAAACUGGAUUAAAGCAAUCUUGUUGACAUUUUUAUUUAUACUUUUUUAUUUUUGUAUUUGACUUAAAGUGCCAUGAGAAAAUUUGCAUAUUGCAAGGUGGUCCUUGCCACCUCACUGGUUUGGGUGCUUUUGGAUAUGUUUCUAUUGCUGUACUUCAGUGAAUGCAACAAAUGUGAUGAGAAAAAAGAGCGAGGUCUACCUGCUGGAGACGUUCCAGAACCCAUACAGAAGCCACAUGAAGGUCCUGGAGAAAUGGGGAAGCCUGUUGUUGUUCCUAAAGAGGAUCAAGAAAAAAUGAAAGAGAUGUUUAAAAUAAAUCAGUUUAAUUUAAUGGCAAGUGAAAUGAUUGCACUCAACAGAUCAUUACCUGAUGUCAGGUUAGAAGGGUGUAAAACAAAGGUGUAUCCAGACAACCUUCCUACAACAAGUGUUGUCAUUGUGUUUCACAAUGAGGCUUGGAGUACACUUUUACGAACUGUCCAUAGUGUGAUAAAUCGGUCGCCACGACACUUGCUGGAAGAAAUUGUACUUGUAGAUGAUGCCAGUGAAAGAGACUUCUUGAAGAGACCACUGGAAAACUAUGUGAAAAAGUUAAAAGUACCAGUUUAUGUGAUUCGAAUGGAGCAACGAUCUGGAUUGAUAAGAGCCAGGUUGAAGGGGGCUGCUGCUUCCAAAGGCCAGGUCAUCACCUUCUUAGAUGCUCAUUGUGAAUGUACAGUAGGAUGGCUUGAACCUCUGUUGGCACGAAUCAAAGUUGACAGGAGAACAGUAGUGUGUCCUAUCAUUGAUGUAAUCAGUGAUGACACCUUUGAAUAUAUGGCAGGCUCUGAUAUGACCUAUGGCGGAUUCAACUGGAAGUUGAAUUUCCGCUGGUAUCCUGUUCCUCAGAGAGAAAUGGACCGCAGGAAAGGUGAUCGGACCCUUCCUGUCAGGACACCCACAAUGGCAGGAGGCCUUUUUUCAAUAGAUAGGGAUUACUUUCAGGAAAUUGGAACAUACGAUGCUGGAAUGGAUAUUUGGGGAGGAGAAAACCUAGAAAUUUCUUUCAGGAUUUGGCAGUGCGGGGGCACUUUGGAAAUUGUAACCUGUUCACAUGUUGGACAUGUGUUCCGAAAAGCCACUCCUUAUACUUUUCCAGGAGGCACAGGACAGAUUAUCAACAAAAAUAACAGACGGCUUGCAGAAGUCUGGAUGGAUGAAUUCAAGAAUUUCUUUUACAUCAUUUCCCCAGGAGUUACAAAGGUAGAUUAUGGAGACAUAUCGUCACGCCUUGGGCUAAGACAUAAGCUGCAAUGCAAGCCUUUCUCUUGGUACCUGGAGAAUGUGUAUCCCGAUUCCCAAAUUCCACGCCAUUAUUUCUCUUUGGGGGAGAUAAGAAAUGUGGAGACAAAUCAAUGCCUGGAUAACAUGGCAAGAAAGGAAAAUGAAAAAGUUGGAAUAUUUAACUGUCAUGGAAUGGGUGGAAAUCAGGUUUUCUCAUACACUGCCAACAAAGAAAUUCGAACAGAUGAUUUAUGCUUGGAUGUUUCCAAACUUAACGGCCCAGUCACAAUGCUCAAGUGCCACCACCUAAAAGGCAAUCAACUUUGGGAAUACGAUCCAAUGAAAUUAACCCUGUUGCAUGUGAACAGUAACCAGUGCCUGGAUAAAGCCACUGAAGAAGACAGCCAGGUACCCAGCAUUAGAGACUGCAAUGGCAGCCGUUCUCAGCAGUGGCUACUUCGCAAUGUCACCCUUCCAGAAAUAUUCUGAGAGGUUUUAAAAAAAGAAAGAUUGACUGGCCUACCUCGGCAAGUAUUUUGGCUGUGUCCUUAAGUAGCAAAAGAAAGAUAUUUCUGCUCUGCAGGAUACAAGAAUCAUCAGAUACUAGAACUCUGACUCUUCUAGCUUUUCAGUAGCUGUGAACCAGCCUUCCUGUAUAAGGACGUGAAACUAUAUAUACAUACCAGUGAAACUGCGCACGCUGAUGUUUACAAGAUCGAAGAGUUUCUUUCAUCAAAGAAUCAUUCUAGAGAACGUUUGGACAAUGGAAACAUAAUAAUUGAAAUACGCUCUCUGGAGAGCUGCAUAUCGUUGUAGUUUGCUUGCACAUCAGUAAGCUCUGCUGAAAGUGCUGUUGUAAUGAAGAGACUUCCACAAAUUUUUUUUUCUGGUUAGCAUUGGUAACCAGCAUAUUAAAUAUAGUUACAAAAAUAAACGGAACAGAGAGCUGGAGACAACAUUCGGUAUCAUGAAAUAAGAUUUUUACAGCAAGAAACAUGUAAAACAGGGUUUAAAGGAAAAGAAAUCAGAACUAUGAAAAGUACAAUUUGUUAUAGUAAAGUAUCAGAUUUAUAUGUAGAUUUUAUACCUCAGUGGGAAAAAAAUAACUAAGUCAAGCAAUUUUUUCUGUUUUCAAUUGUGUGAUAGUUCAUGGAUUUUUUUUUUCUUGGUGGGUCUGAAAUUAUUUUGAGAGCAAACAAAAUGAGCUUAAGAACAAAAAUUUGGCUCUUUGAAUGUCAGCUCACUUUUUGUUUUUAAUUUGGUUUGUGAGCUGUUGGAAUUGUAAUGCAUCUUUUUAUUACUGUCUGAAAACUGGAGGUUUAACAUGCUGUCUAACUUUUGUCCAGACCUACCAUUUCAGUUAUACUUGGGUUGCCAGCUUGUGGACUUUUAUGGCCAAACAAAGGAUUUUAGUGCAUUUUGAACUUAAGUUAACUUGACUGAUUAUGCUUAGUGUCCAAAACUCGUACUACUGUACUACAGAUUUGUUUUCACAGCAAUAAAUCUUUUGUUCUUUGUUUGAUUUCCACUCGUCAGAAAGCCUGCAAAAUGAUUUAUUAUUUGGGUAACAGGAGAUUGGCAUAGCUGAAAGUUUUCUGGAAAUUUUUUCACUUCAUACUCAGAUGUGCUUAAUUGUCAAGUGCAUACUUAGAUUAGAUUCUUGAAUUGUAAUGUUGAUCUGCUGCUUUUUUCUAAUAAAAACUGAAGAAAAAAUGUUAAAUUGGCAUGGUUUUUAAAGUUAAUAUAGCAAAAGCAGUAUGACUGUGUAUAUUACACUAACUUUGCACUUUUGAACUGAAUUGCUUUAUUUCCUUUAAGUUGAACCUUUUUGGACUAAUCUAGUCUUGAAAACAAGCUACAAAAUGCUGAGUACUCAGUGAGUUCUCUUUUAAAUAGGAAAAAGAUUAAUACAAUGGAGAGGAUAUUUUUUAUAAUAAAUGUGUCAUUGUUUGGCCAAUUGUCCUAUGAAUCAAAUUAAAUUUAGACUAAAGCAAAA